AUGGCUGCCGAUGGCGCUCUCAACUAUGAGAACGUGCUAGAGACCGGCUCGGAGACAGAGGAGGAGGACAAGCUGCCCGUCUCCGAGGAAGACCCGAUGAUCAACGGCUCGGGCAGCCCGGCCAGCCUCACCAACCCGGACGCCUCGCCGCGCGCCGAGAGCCACGGCCUGCUGACCAAGGAGGAGGAGGACGACGAAAUGCGUGACAGCGGCGUGGAGCACAUCUGGCCCGACAACGACAUGUUGAGUGCCUCGGUUGAUGGUACUGAUGAAAUAAAAGAUGACUUUGACAACAUGGGGCCUGACGCCACUUUGCAGGCAGUUGGAAACGGUACAGUCAAGAGCGUCGAUUGCACUUCAGAGUUUGAGGACUUCUUCUCCAAGCGGAAGCUGGACGACGGCGACAGCCACGUGGUGAGCAUCGCAGAAUACCUGCAGCGGGGAGACACCGCCAUCAUCUACCCCGAGGCGCCGGAGGAGCUGUCCCGCCUGGGCACGCCGGAGGCAACUGGCCCGGAGGAGAACGACCUGCCACCUGGAACGCCAGAUGCCUUCGCCCAACUGUUGACCUGCCCCUACUGCGACCGGGGCUACAAGCGUUUGACAUCGCUGAAGGAGCACAUCAAGUACCGCCAUGAGAAGAACGAGGAGAACUUUGCCUGCCCCCUGUGCAACUACACGUUUGCUUACCGCACUCAGCUUGAGCGGCAUAUGGCCACACACAAGCCCGCGAGGGAUCAGCACCAAAUGCUCAACCAAGCCGCCAGCAACCGCAAGUUCAAAUGCACCGAGUGUGGCAAGGCCUUCAAAUACAAGCACCAUCUGAAAGAACACCUCCGGAUUCAUAGUGGUGAAAAACCGUAUGAGUGUCCCAACUGCAAGAAGCGUUUCUCCCACUCGGGCUCAUACAGUUCCCACAUCAGCAGUAAAAAGUGCAUUGGCCUGAUUGCUGUCAAUGGCAGGAUGCGCAGCAACAUGAAGAGCGGCUCCUCCCCGACCUCGGCCUCCUCUUCGCCCACCAACUCCGCCAUCACCCAGCUGAGGCAGAAGCUGGAGAACGGCAAGCCGCUCGGCCACCCCGAACACAACAACCACAUGAACAUCAAGACCGAGCCCCUUGACUUCAACGACUACAAGCUGAUGAUGGCGUCUCAUGGAUUUGGAGCUCCGUUCAUGAACGGAGGCAUGGGAGGGAACAGCCCACUGGGGAUCCACCACAACUCGACAGGCCAGAGCCCUCUGCAUCACCUCGGGAUCGCCGGACUCGAUGUGCAGCUCCUGGGCUUCCCGGGGCCGCUGGCCAACAACCUGAGUGAGGUGCAGAAGGUGCUUCAGAUCGUGGACAACACUGUGUCCAGGCAGAAAAUGGACUGCAAGCCGGAGGAGCUCUCCAAGCUCAAGGCCUACAUGAAGGAGCUGGGGUCCCAGGUGGAAGAGCAGAAACAGGCACUGACGUUGUCUGGGGCUCAGGUUGGUCUUCCACUCGUCAACCACAACGGCGCCACCAAAAGCAUCAUCGACUACACGUUAGAGAAAGUGAACGAAGCCAAAGCCUGCCUCCAGAGCUUGACGACAGACUCAAAGAGACACAUUAGCAAUAUCAAACGAGAGAAAUCCAACCACAUGCUUGAAGGAAGUGUGGAGGAAAAGGUGCAGGAAAUGUUUACGCCUUACGCUUGCCAAUAUUGCAAAGAAUCCUUCACCGGGCCAAUUCCUUUGCAUCAGCACGAACGCUACCUGUGUAAUAUGAACGAGGAGAUCAAAGCUGUGCUGCAGCCCAGUGAGAAUCUGAUGCCCAACAAACCAGUCAUGUACAUGGAGAAGAACAGCCACUUAACCUCCCCCAUGUUGUCUGAGAAGGGAUAUACUGGGCCCAUUAACCCCUACAGGGACCACAUGUCCGUGCUGAAGGCGUAUUUCGCCAUGAACAUGGAGCCCAACUCGGAGGAGCUGCACAAGAUUUCCAUAGCGGUCGGCCUCCCUCAGGAAUUUGUCAGGGAGUGGUUCGAUCAGAGGAAGAUGUAUCAUUACGCCACUACCAGAACCCCACCACUAGAGCACAGGAACCACACUGAAAUGGUUGUCGGAUCAAAUAACCACCACACUCCACCAAAAGACUCAAGGGCAGCUAGGUCACCUGUUUCACUUAUCAAACCUGCUGACCACAUCACGUCCCCCUCCAUAGCAGAGCUCCACAACAACGUUAACAACUGUGACAACUCGCUGAGAUAUUUGAAAAACCACCAGUUCGGCGGCAGCACCAAACCUGCGGGCGAGAAGUUGGACCACUCCCGCAGCAACACCCCCUCCCCACUCAACCUAUCCUCCACAUCUUCCAAAAACUCCCACAGCAGCUCCUACACUCCAAACAGCCUGACGUCAGAAGACCUGCAGGCCGAGCCCCUGGACCUCUCCGUGCCGCGGCUCAUGAAGGAACCCAAGCACGCACUGACUGUGAAAAGCAGACCUAAAGCCAACAGUAUUACCAUCGACCACAACAGCGUUCCGUCUCCCCGAGAGCACUUCGAAGAGCCUCUGAACCUGGCCUAUCUCAAGAGGGAUUUCUCAGGCUCGACCAACAACGGAAACCUAGAAAAAAGCACUAGCCCCAUCUUCGGCAUGAACCCGUUUGCUGGCAAACCCCUGUACACGUCACUUCCGCCCCAGAGCGCUUUCCCACCGGCCACAUUCAUGCCCCCAAUGCAGGCCAGCAUCCCCGGUCUUAGGGCCUAUCCGGGCAUGGAUCAAAUGGGCUUCUUGCCACACAUGGCCUACACUUACGCUGCAGGGGCGGCUACCUUUGCCGAGAUGCAGCAGAGGAGAAAGUACCAGCGGAAACCAGGUUUCCAGGGGGACCUGCUCGACGGUACACAAGAUUACAUGUCAGGGCUGGACGACAUGACAGACCCCGACUCGUGUCUGUCGCGGAAGAAGAUUAAGAAGACCGAAAGUGGUAUGUACGCGUGUGACUUGUGCGACAAAACAUUCCAGAAGAGCAGUUCCCUUCUAAGACACAAAUAUGAACACACAGGCAAGAGGCCGCACCAGUGCCAGAUCUGCAAGAAAGCCUUCAAACACAAACACCAUCUCAUUGAGCACUCCAGGCUGCACUCGGGGGAGAAGCCCUACCAGUGCGACAAGUGCGGGAAGAGGUUCUCUCACUCGGGCUCCUACUCGCAGCACAUGAACCACCGCUACUCCUACUGCAAGCGGGAGGCGGAGGAGCGGGAGGCUGCUGAGCGGGAGGCCCGUGAGAAGGGCCACCUGGAGCCCACAGAGCUGCUGAUGAGCCGGGCCUACUUGCAGGGGAUGACACCUCAGGGCUACCCGGAGCUGGCCGAGCGCGAGGCCAUCCUGAGGCACGACGCGGUGAACGGAGGGAUCAGAGAGGGACGGAAGGAAGUGGAUGGAACGUACUCCAAGAUGGGACGGAGGGAGGAUGAGUUUGAGGAAGAGGAGGAGGAAAUCAAGAGCAUGGACACGGACCCGGACACGUUGAGGGACGAGGAGGAGAACGGAGAGCACUCGAUGGACGAUAGCUCGCUGGACGGCAAAACGGAAACCAAAUCGGAUCACGAGGACACGAUGGAAGAUGGCAUGUAAUCUGCGACGGCGGCGGCGGCGUUUUCAAAAGCUUCCCAAUCUUAAAAGUUUUAAGUUUCACACUUUCGGUUCAGUAUUCUUACCUGCUCAGUUUAAAACACCGUUUUAAGCUGUACGUGCACGUGCCUGAAGCUUCCGGGAAGCUUUCUUCGACAGACUCCUCGGGGAAGGGGGGGGAGAGAUGUCUGCCAAACAAGACAUGGACUCAAAAAUCAAUCCGGAGGAGGCGUUGAGGGAAGGGAGGCAUGGGUUUGUGAAAUAAGCUGCAUUAUGCAAACCGAACAAUGAAUAAAUGAAUACAUUUCAAAAAAUGUACAGUACUAAGGCCUAAAAAUAUGUGUGGUGCUAACUUCCUCAAAUAAACCCCUGUGUUCCAUAGUAUUUAUAGCACAACUAGUGACUUGUACAAAUUGCACUCCGCUUCUAUAAUCAUGAACAAAAAUAAUAAAAAGUAUUGCCUAUGUAUAUAUUUAUACAGUGUUGGAAAAAGAGCAGUAGUGUCUGCACUACAGUCCUUGGAUAUUACCUUUGUGAUCACCUCCCUUCCUGCGGUGUCGUCUUUAGUUCUGCCCUGUCGCCCGGUCACCAACAUCCAGCCACACUGUUCAGGCCUCUGGAAGCAACUUCACACCAAGGAAUUUGAAAAACAAAAAAAAGACUGUACGAAGGAGCUCGAAGGGGAUUUUUUUGAGAGGAUGAAGUUUUGAAGAGACUUUCGUUUUAAGGGAAAAAUACAGUUUAUGGACAGAUGGUAU